UAAGAUUAUCUUUAUUAAUUACCGUGGGAACACAAUCCUAUGUACAAUAGCGUAUUUUUUGCAAGCCACCGCGUACCAUACGGCACACCACUCCAUCAGUCUUCAAUGUCCUUUCAACUCUUUGAGUCUUUUUUAUUUUAUUGGCUAUUGAGUGCCAGUACUGAUUCCCGUUCUUUUUGUUAAUAUGUCACGCGAAAUAAACGUAAUCUGUGUUCUUAUGUUAUUGAAAUGUACAUGCGGCGCUCAUCUUGCUAAAAUAGCUCCAGAAGAUGUGUCCGCAGGGCUUACUGUAGUAUAUGGUUUUGCACCACGGUUGAAACUUGGCAACGAUCAUCGCGUUGGAUUUGGAUUUAGAUUUGGAAACCAUGCAGAUUUUCAAAUCUUAUACGAGUUCGGCCCACAGACCAUCUCUACUCCAACACAAACCAUAAAGGCCCGAUCUGCUCCAUACCGCCACACUAGGAAGCCACGCCGUCGGCCGUUCAUAGACCUGCUCAUACGGACGGGCUUGCUUCGGGAAGUCGAACGUGUGGACAAACAUCCGCGCAACGUUACCAAAAAGCAAAAAAAUUCCACAGCACAAAAGGCUUAAUUGACUUUCUGAUAAAUUCUGAAAUCAACUAAAUUUUUAUUUAUAGUAUAAGUAUUAUAUUAUCUGUGGUAUAAGAACUACGAAUAGACCAAUACAUUGUUACCAACUCUUCAAAAUCGCUUUAUCUGCAAUCAAAAUAAAUAUUAUAAAUGUUACCAUCGUGCCAAAAGACAACUUGAUGGAUAGGGGUUUGUACUUACAAUGGAGGGCAAAUAAAACGUAUAAAAUUGAUUAAUUUCGCUUGUAUUUCUCAUAAAAAAUGUUUCGAAUCACUAUGACUAGUCUGUACAUAUUAGAAUACACAAGAUGUCCGAAUUUAAAUACAAUUUACUGUCGUGAAUACUAAUAAUUCCAAUAAGAAAUCAUGAUAUUGACAGUGCUAGAAAAGUCGGACAUUAUGUGUAGUUCAAAUUAUUCAAUACGAUGUGAAAAUAUGUUAUAUUAAGCGGCUACUUAAAGCAAUACAGUUAGUACAGUAGAACCUGGAUAACUCAAACCUCGGUAACUUAAAAACCUCUACAACUUCAAAAAUUAUAUGUUCCCUUCCCAUC